AUGAUGGACAUGGAGAUGAAUGCCGGCUUGGACGGCGACGAGGGGAGCGAGAUCAGCGAGGCCGCCUCGGAGGGUAGCUCGGCCAGCAGCACCUUCUGCGCCCUGGAGAAGGAUUAUUCGAAGGUUCUGAGGGACAUGAAAAGCAACGAGGCGUUGGCUGCUUAUUUCAACGAGUACACCAGACUGUUCGAGUCCCUGUACAAAGCGCAUCGGGUGGAAAAGGAGCUGUUGGAGAAAUGUGACACGCUGCAGGUACAAUUAACGCGCAACGAGGAGGCGGUGGACGAGUUCACGAGGACGAUCUCCAGCAACAACGAGGAGAUCGAGAAGCUGAAGCUGGAGAUCGUGGACGCGAUCAAGCGGGCGGACGCCGCGCACACGCGCGAAUUGAACGCACAGGAGGUGAUUGAGAACCUGCGGCUGAACGUGACGCAGCUGAAUCAGGAGAUCCAGCAAAAGAAUAGGCAGCUCGCUGCCAGCGAAGACGUGAGCGCGACGAAGCAGAAGGAGAACCUGAUGAAGGAGAAGGAGAAGCUGACGAGCGAGAUGGAUACGCUCAGGCAGCGUCUGAAGAACGUGUCGCUCUACACGGACGAACUGGAGGCGAGGAACGUCGAGUGCGAACAGCAGAUCACCGAAAUGAGGGAGAACAUCGACACGCAGCUCAGCGAGAUCUCGAAAGAGCGGAGGGCGAGGCAGAGGGCGGAGGACGAGCUGCACCAGCUGCAGGAGGAGCUCGCCGCGACGACCAACGAUCUCGAGACCGCGCAUGCAACAAUAAAAGAAGCGAACGCCAUCAUUGCUAAGCUGGAAGGUUCUCUGAAGGAGCAUCGCAUGUCCGCGGACAAAACGCAAAAAGAAAUGAACAAGCUGAUGGUGAAGAAGAUGAACCUACAGACGGACUACGACAACGCGACCGUGCAGAUCGAGAACUUGGACAAGGAAGUCGCCGAGAAGGACAAGCAGCUGAAAGAAACGAAACAGAUGAUAAACAGAUUGAAGGCGGAAGUGACGCGGAACAGAAGCGAGAAGGAUUUGGCGGUGAAGCGUGCCCAGAAGUUCGAGAGCGAGCGGUCGAGCUUCGAGCAGCAGCUCCGGCAGGCGGUCGCGAGCACGCGGAACCGCGAGCACGAGCUGUUCACGCUGCGCAAGCAGCAGACGGACAAGCAGCAACAGGUCGAGGUCCUGCUGCGCGAGAAGAACAUCCUGGCGCGGACCAAGGAGACCCUCGGCGAUCACAUCAAGAAGCAGGAGCACGAGAUCACGGUCUGCGAGUACAGCAGGCGGAAGAUCGAGUACGAGCUCGACAGCGUGACGCAGAACGUCGCCGCGGUGCAGAAACAAAUGUCCGCGGUCGAGAAGGAGAGGGAUAAAAAUAAUCUGAUCGCACAGGACCUGGCGCAACAGGUUGAGAACUAUCUGAGCGAGGUCAAGCUGAAGCAGGUCGAGAUCUCGACGUACAAGAGACGCUUGGUGGAAGCGGAGACGAAGUACCGGCAGCAGCAAAACUUGUUCGAGUCGGUGCGGACGGAGAGGAACUCCCUAAACAAGAAUCUAACGGAAGCACACGACGAGAUACAGGAGUUGAAGAACAAGCUGAAGGUGCUCAGCCACCAGACCGAGCAGCUCAAGGAGGACAUCGUGGCUAAGGAGGCCGGUUUGAUCAAAGAAGAGUUCCUUCGCGGCAAGGUGGAGAAGGAGAAGGAGGGCCUGAAGGUGGAGCUGGAGGCCAGCCGCAAGGAGGUGUCCGAGCUGAGGCGCGAGAUCGAGGAGAUGCGGCAGGAGGAGAAGAGCCUGAGGCAGGUGAUCCAGCGGGCGGAGGCGGACAUCGGCCGCCACGUGAAGGACAUCGACAACGUCAUGAACGAGAGGGACAUCCUGGGCACGCAGCUGGUCAGGAGGAACGACGAGCUCAGCCUGCAGUACAGCAGGAUCAAGGUGUUGCACGGCACGCUGCAGCGCGGCGAGGUGCAGUACAAUCAGAGGCUGGAGGACAUCCGGCUGCUGAAGCUCGAGGUGCAGAACCUGAGGACCGAGAAGGCGCUGCUCGCUAAGAACAUCGCGAACAUGAGCGACCUGCGCCAGGAGGCGUUCCGAUUGAACAGGGACCUCACCAGGGAGAGGCUGAAGGUGAUGGCGCUCGAGGAGGAGGUCCAGACGCCGUUGAACAUUCACAGGUGGAGGAAGCUCGAGGGAUCCGAUCCGGCUACGUACGAACUGGUGAGGAAAGUUCAGAUCCUCCAGAAACGCGUGCUGAAGAUGGCUUCCGAAUUGAUCGACAAGGAGAAGAAGAUCAGGGAUACAGAGAAAUUGUACAUGAAUCUCCGUGAGAUUCUGUCGAAGCAUCCCGGGCCGCAUGUGAUGAUCGCUUUGAACAAGACGCAGAAAGCGUUGCGGGAGAGGGGGCAGAAGACUAAGUGUCUGCUGGCGGAGGUGAGCAUGUACGAGCUGCAGAUCGGGGAAUACCGGCUCGGCAUGGACAGGAUGAACACGGAGCUGGCCGAGCUCAAGAAGAAAUACUACGCGCAGAAGAGGCUGCUCCAGAAGACGAGGGAGUCGCGAUCGAAAUCGUUCGCCGGGCCCUCGCUGCCGGCCAUCGGCCAUGGCGCGAAGAGGUUCUGCGGUGGGGGCUACAAAAUGGCCGCUCCGACGCCUAGGAACUGUUUCACCGCGGACGACGCUUGUAGAUAA